AUGCUCCACAGUUUCCGGGGAUGUGGCCUACGCUGGUCCACCUCAACACAAACAAAGUUUGUCAGAUACAAUUCUUCAAUCCUUGGAUCACUAGUAAAAGGUGAAGCUGUUUCUGCCAAAGAUUUGAGAUCUUUUCUUGCUUCCAAGACCCUCGGCGAUGAUGAAGUUGAGAAGAUUCAUGAGAUCGUGAAAAACGAAAAGACCUCUGUCGGUACAAUCAACCAGCUUCUACAACAUGGCCUCCAAAAAGACUUUUCACUCUACUAUACUGUCAACAAGGCUAGCCCAUCGCAUGUUUGGGACAACGAAGCUCUUCAUUCACUCAUAAAGCACAACCCAGGGAGAGCUAUUUCGCUGUGGGCCCUUCUAGAAAAACUAGGAGUGAGUGCCGAUUCAAAGUGUAUUUUAGAGGUUGUGAACAAGCUUCUUGAAGGGGAAAUAUCGGAACUUAAGGAGGGUGCUGUAGAGGUUACUCCAGAAAGACUCGAUCGUGCAAUCAAGUUGUUAAAUCUGGUUAGAGAACCCGUCGAGCAGCAAUGGGAAUUGCUCGUUCAAAGAGCAAUUGAGUUGAAGAAGAUGGAACAGCUUUCCACGAUUGAAGCAGAUGCGUUUGUCCAUUGGCUCAAUCAGAAGCUUCUGUCUGUCACUGACCAAAGAGAGUUUCUUCAUAUCUCCAAGGUUAUCUUCGACAAUAAUCCUGAAUUGUUGAGCAAAGACUCAAUUGCCCAAAUCCUUUCAUAUGCCCAAAAUGAGAGUGAUCCAGUCACUGGAACCGAUUAUCUCCAGGCAGUAAUUGAUCUUGUGGAACUGAAACACCUCGACACUGAUAAAAAGGACCCAGAGUCCUUACUUAUUCGUUUGAAGCUCGUAACUACAUACGGCAUACACCAAGACGACUUCAACAAGGCUCUUGAAAAAUUCCAUGCCUACCAAACACACGAGAAGUUCGGUAUUGAGCUCGUCCAGGCUAAACUCGUACAAGUGUUUGGUUAUCAAGCAUUCAAAAGAGGAGACAAGACGCUUUUGAGAAUCGCAGAAACAUUGGUUGAUCCAGACGAGCUUCAAGUGAAGACUCUUGCUCAAUUGAUCUUGGCCAGGUCCAAGUUCAACUGCGAGGACUCAUUGAAUCUUUACAACGACUACAUCAACCAAGUCUCCAAAGACAUCAACGAGACCACUGGACGUUCACCUACAGGUGUGCUCACCGAAGCUCUCAUGACUGCGAAUCUUUACAAUAACGACAGAGAGUUUGCUCACCUUCUCUACGAUAAAGCAAUAGCCAGUGGGUUUCUCAAAGACGAAGCCGAGGCGGCGCUGAUUAAGAAAGUUUUCAAAGUCUACGGAGAUAGUUUUGAAGAGUCUGAUUCAUGGGAAGAGGCUCAACCGCGUCUCGCUAACUUCGUCCUUGACCUUAUUAGAAGAGACUAA